AUGAAGAUGAUCAUUGAAUUUUUUGAAUUAUUUGAAAGAGAUAAGUUCUCCUCUAUUGAAUGGUUUGUUUUAACAUAUUCGAUGCUGUUGAUUGCUGUAAGUUGAUUUUGAAAAAAAGAAAAUCACAUUUAUUUUCGAAAGUUUUUUUUUUCAGUCGACAUCACUUGCAAUGAUUUUUCGAUUCACAACAAAUAGCACAUAUCACAUUCCAAAUAUUGUAAGUUUUUUUAGAAAAAGAAAAUGCUAAGUAUUUUAUUUUUCAGAUAAAUGAGAAUAUUUUGAGACUUGAAACUGAGAUACAAGAUCUUCCACCUUUCAAAGUGAGUGCUACAUUAGAUGAUACUGAAACUGUUACAACAAAAGAAACUCGCGAAUAA